AUGAACGGCGUCGCCAUCUUCUUCAUCGUCCUGGUCGUGCUGCUGAUCGCGGCCGCCGCAGGUUGGAUCCUCUUUACACAGCUGCGCGCCAGGAGACUAGGUCUCCCUGCCCCAUCCAUCUCCUCCUACAACCCCUUCGCCUCGCGCUCCGAUCCCUCGUCGUCCUACGGCGCGCCCGCGCCCGCGCCGGGCGGCAUCCGCGGCUGGAUCAACGACAAGUUCCGCAGCAGCAACAAGCGGUCCGCGGCCGGCGCCUACGAGCAGCCCGGCAGCAACGGGCGGCCCAGCAACCGCGGCUUCGGCGCCCUCGACCCGGACGGCGCCUGGGACACGCGCAUUGGCACCGAGGCCGACGCCUACGGCGGGUACUACGAGGAGCAGGAGCUCGGCGACCGCCACCACGGCCAGGCCGCCGGCGGGGGGAACCCGUACGGAAACGAUGUCUACAGCGGCGGCGGGUAUCCGAUGAACCUGGCCAGCACGCCCGGCCACGCGCCCGACGACGGCUACGGCGCGCAUCACCACCCGGAGGAGAGCAGGGGCCGGUCGAGAGACAGGGGCGGGCUGGGUGUGCCCGGUGCCGGUGCCGCAGGCGGGAGCAGGUCGAGGCAGAACCCCUUCGACGACGACGCUGCGGAGCCGAGCAAUAUCAGCUUGAGGGGCGUGAGCCCGAGACCGAUCGACACGAGUGCGGGUGCGAGGCUGGGGGGCGGUCGGCAGCCGAGCGAUAGUCCGACCGAGAGGAAGAGUGUCUUCAGAGAGAACGUCUAG